AUGUUGAAAGAGAAAGGCUUUGCUUUUGACUGUGCUUUCACCAGUGUACUGAAGAGGGCCAUCAAGACUCUUUACCUGAUCCAAGAAGAGCUAGACCUUCACUGGAUUCCUGUCACUCGACACUGGAGGCUUAAUGAAAGGCAUUAUGGUGCACUUCAGGGACUUAACAAAGCUGAAACUGCCCAGAAAUAUGGAGAAGAUCAAGUCAAGAUUUGGAGACGAUCCUAUGAUGUUCCCCCUCCACCUCUAGAAGAAGGUGAUUCUCGCUGUGCUAGUGGCCAGAAGGCUUAUGCCGAUCUUGAUAAGAAAGUGAUUCCCAAAUGUGAGUGUCUCAAAGAUACAGUUGCCAGAGCCCUGCCUUUCUGGCAUGAUGUUAUUGUUCCAGCAUUGAGAUCUGGUAAGAAACCAAUCAUUGCUGCUCAUGGUAAUAGCCUUCGUGCCAUGGUAAAAUACCUGGACAAGAUGACUGACAAUGAAAUCCUCAACCUUAACAUCCCCACAGGAAUUCCUUUGGUGUAUGAACUGGAUAAUAAUUUGAAUCCCAUCAAACACUAUUAUGUUGCUGAUGAGGCAACAGUGAAAGCUGCUAUGGAUAAAGUGGCUAACCAAGGCAAAGCUAAGUAA